CGCUGCGGCCCGGCCCGGCCCGGCCUGGCCCGGCCCGGUCCGCGCGGAGGGGCCGCGCCAUGCGGAGCCGCGUCCCGCCCCGCGCCGCCUGAGCCGGGCCCGGGGCGCCCGCCGGGCCCGCGCCGCCGCCUGCCAGAAAUGGAAACAAACAACCAUUUUAACUUCACUGGCCUUUCCUCUGCACCCGCUGCCUCAGGACCGAAACCCACGCCUGCCUCAGGGGACAGCCCCUUCACCCACGGCUCCCCGCUCAGCUUCCCCCCACAAGGGAAAAGUCUGAACGGGGGCAUGAAUGUCAAUGGCUUCUCUACUGUAUCUCACCCCAGUACUUCAGGGACCUUCACCUCCAGCUCGCCGCCCGCCGGCACGCCGCCCCUCCGCACCUACGACUGCCUCUGGGACUACGCGCCGUACCCGCCCGCCGGUGCCGGCGGCCUCAAGGACAGCAAGCCCCCACCGCCCCCACCCGCUCUCGGCCUCGGACAUUUCCCACUCAAUGGCAUCGCCGGGGGGUCCAGGCCAGCGUCCCCGGGGCAUGGCACUAACCUGCGGGGGGCCGGGCAGGAGUUCUGGGGCAACGGCACCCCCGGCCCCAUGGGGCUGAACUUCGACUCGCAGGAGCUGUACGACUCCUUCCAUGACCAGAGCUUCGAGCUGAUGCAGAAACGGGCCAGCCAGCUUCUACACACGGCUGCCCAGCCCUCCCCCAUGCUGGGCUCCGGCACCCAGCCCUUCUCGCUGCCGCCAGGCCCACCGGAGGAGCCGGGCGCUGGCGAGGGACACGCCGAUGCUGCAGCCAAAGAGAUCCCCCCUGCCAUUGCGGAGAACGGCGGCGGGCUGGUGGGCAGCAUGGAGCUGGAGGAGGCGCAGCCAGACUUGAAGAUCUGCAACUACAACGGGUCUGCCCCCGGCGUGGUGCCGCUCGGGCAGGAGGGGCCUGUCCUGGCCCCCGGCGCGGGCAGCGACUGCCUGGGGGACGCGUCGCCCAUCGCCCCUCGGCUGGAGGACGCCCACAUCCUCAGCGAAGACCCCCUGGAGCCCUUCGAGUCCCUGGCCAGAGACCCCGGCACCGGGGACCUCUACGCGAUGGACGACUCGCAGCUGGUGAGCGACAAGUCCCCCCUGGAGGAGCCCCCCGACCUGGCCGGCCUGCGUUGCGCCGCCAGCCCCCCGCUCCACGCCGCCGGCCCCUUCAGCCUGCUGCCCGCCAGCCCCCCGCCUGCCCCGCUGCUCACCAGCCCCGGCUCGCCACCCACCCUGCACGACGGCAGCGUCGACCUGAACGGCAGCAGCCACGCGGGGCUGGAGGAGUCGGGGUCCCUGGGGCUCGACCCUCCGCUGGAGCCGGACUCCCCGGCCCCGUCCGCAGAGGAGGAGGAGGAGGAGGAAGAGGCCGCCGACAGCUGUCCGGAGACUUCAGCCGCACCAGAAGGAGAGAGCGAGGAGGCUGCCCCGCUGAGCACCUCGGCAGCAGGUGAUGUCCCCCGCCGGCGCAUCGCCACCCAGGAGGAGGUGCGCUUUCCCCUGCAGCACGGGUGGAGGCGGGAGGUGCGGAUCAAGAAGGGGAACCACCGCUGGCAGGGCGAGACCUGGUACUACGGGCCCUGUGGGAAGAGGAUGAAGCAGUUCCCGGAGGUGAUCAAGUACCUGAGCAGGAACGUGGUGCAGGACGUCCGGCGCGAGCACUUCAGCUUCAGCCCCCGCAUGCCGGUGGGAGACUUCUAUGAGGAGCGGGACACGCCGGAGGGUCUGCAGUGGGUGAAACUGAGCCCCGAGGAGAUCCCCUCGCGCAUCCAGGCCAUCACAGGCAAGCGCGGGCGACCCCGCAAUGCCGAGAAGGCGAAGCCCAAGGAGCCGCCGGCUGCGAAACGCGGCCGGGGCCGGCCUCCCAAGGUCAAGAUGGUCGACUUGCUGAGCAAGACGGACGCGCGGCUGCUGAAGAGGCUGGAAGCCCAAGAGGUGCUCAGUGAUGAGGACAAGCUGAAAAUGAGCAAAAUCAAGAAGAAAAUGAGGCGGAAGGCCAAGAACAAGCAGAAGCAGGAAGCCAAAGCCCCCAGAGGGAAGGAGGCCAAGAAGAAGUCCAAGGCCAAGGAGAAGAAGGGCAAACCGGAGAAGGGCAAGGACAAAGCGCGGCCCAAGGAGAAGAAGGGCAAAGGGGCUCGCAAGGCGGACAAGGGCCUGCUGGCCCAGCGGCGCCUGGAGGAGCGACGGCGGCAGCAGCUCAUCCUGGAGGAGAUGAAGAAGCCCACGGAGGAUAUGUGCCUGGGGGACCACCAGCCCCUGCCAGCCUUCUCCCGCAUCCCGGGCCUCAUCCUGCCCAGCCGCGCCUUCUCCAACUGCCUGACGGUCGUGGAGUUUCUCCAGAGCUACGGCAAGGUCCUGGGCUUUGACCCGGCCAAGGAUGUGCCCAGCCUGUGCACGCUGCAGGAGGGGCUGUUGGGAGUGGGCGACAGCGCAGGCGAAGUGCAGGAUCUGCUCGUGCGGCUGCUGCAGGCUGCGCUCUACGACCCCGGACUGCCACCCUACUGCCAGUCCCUGAAGAUCCUGGGGGAAAAGGUGUCGGAGAUCAGCCUGAACCGCGACACCGUCUCCGAGAUCCUGCGCUGCUUCCUGACGGCGUACGGGGCAGGCGAGGACCUGUGCGACGGGCUGCGGACCAAGCCCUUCCAGGCGCUGCCCCCGGAGAAGAAAGCCGCUAUCCUGGCCUUCCUGGUGAACGAGCUGAACAGCAGCGCCCUCAUCAUCAACGAGAUCGACAAGACCCUGGAGAACAUGUCCAACUACAGGAAGAACAAGUGGAUCAUCGAGGGCCGGCUGCGCAGGUUGAAGGUCGCCUUGGCCAAGAAGACGGGACGUCCUGAAUCAGAGAUCACCGGCCUGGAGGACGGGCGGCGCCGGCGCAGCUCCCGCCUGACAGAGGAGACGGGCCUGGAGAUGGAGGAGGAGGAGGAGAGCCGCGGACGGAAAUCCCGCAGGGAGGAGGAGGCCGACACGUCAGCGUCCAGCGUCCCUGAGCUCGAGAGGCAGAUAGAGAAGCUGGCCAAGAGGCAGAUGUUCUUCCGCAAGAAGCUGCUCCAUUCCUCACAGACACUGCGAGCAGCUUCUCUGGGCCAGGACCGGUACCGGCGGCGGUACUGGGUCCUGCCCCACCUGGGCGGCAUCUUCGUGGAGGGCACAGAGGUGGCUGAGGAAGCACCACAGGAGCCUCCGGAGGAGAAGGUGUCCCCCCGUGCCUCCCCAGUGAAGGAGGAGCCGGUGGAUGUGCCCAUUCCCAGCCGGACAAACUGCACGGCCUCACGCUGCCGUGGCCGGCCCCGGAAGAGCAAAGAGGAGCUGUCGCAGCACUGCGGGCCCAGACCCCCCCCCGUCAAUGGGGUCCUGGAGGAGUCAGUGCCCCUGGGGCAGAGCCAGCACGACCUCAGCCAGUCCGCCUUCCUCUCCUGGCUGAGCCAGACGCAGUCGUCCCUGCUCAAGGACUCCGUCCUCACCCCGGACAGCAGCCCCGGCAAGGGGGACACGGGGCUCCCACCGCUCGAGGCCCCAUUGGACCCUGCGGAGGAGGAAGAGGAGGAGGAAGAGGAGGAGAGUGCCCCUGAGGCUGCGAAAAAGCGGGGGCCCUGGUUCAACCUGCUGCCCCGGACGCCCUGCGAUGACCGAGCCCCCCUCGCUACCUCCUCUGCUGAGCCCUUGCUGCGAGCCACCAUGCAGCCCCGCAGCCAGCCCCGCAGCGAGCUGCCCAAGGGCUCGGCCAGGCAGCUGAACGGUCUCCCCAUGGACGACCCCACGGCUCCCCUGCUCGCUUCCACACCGGUGCACGCCGGCGCCAGGGCCCACGGUGCCUGCCCCAGGAGCCGGGGCAGCCUGGAGAAGCUGGACUUACCAGGGCAGCCCAAGCGCCGAGGGCGGCCCCCUACCAAAUUCUUCAAGCAGAUUGAACAGAAGUACUUGACCCAGCUGACGGAGCAGCCUGUUCCCCCUGAGAUGCAGAGCGGCUGGUGGUGGCUGCAGGACCCCGAGGAGCUGGAGGCAGUGGCUCGCGCGCUGCACCCGCGGGGCAUCCGGGAGAAGGCGCUGCACAAGCACCUCACCAAGCACAAGGAGUUCCUGCGGGAGGUCUGCCUGCGUGCCACCACCGACCCCAUCUUCCACCUGCGCCCCGAGGCGGCCGGUGCCGCCGCCGUGUCUCAGGAAGCCCUGGCCCAGUGGUCGGUGAUGGAGAGAGCCUACGAGACCGACCUCUCCGUCCUGCAGUGGGUGGAGGAGCUGGAGCAGCGCGUGCUGAUGGCAGACCUGCAGAUCCGGGGCUGGACGUGCCCCAGCCCCGACUCUACGCGGGAUGACCUGCAGUACUGCGAGCACAAGGUGGAGCCCCUGGAAGACAUCACUGUCCGGAGCCGGCGGGACGGGCUGCCGCUGUGCCGGGAGCGCACCAACCCCCUGGACCUGGCGGUGCUGCGGCUGGCGGCGCUGGAGCAGAACGUGGAGCGGCGCUACCUGAAGGAGCCGCUCUGGCCCCUGCACGAAGUGGUGGUGGAGAAGGCCGUGCUGAGCAACCCCGAGGAGCUGAGCCUGGGCCCCACCGAGAUAGCCUACGAGAUCACGCCCCGGGUCCGGACAUGGCGGCAGACGCUGGAGCGGUGCCGCAGCGCAGCCCAGGUCUCCCUCUGCAUCUACCAGCUGGAGAAAUCCAUCGCCUGGGAGAAGUCGGUCAACAGAGUGACCUGCCUGGUGUGCCGGCGCGGUGACGAUGAUGAGCACCUGCUGCUGUGUGACGGCUGCGACCGCGGCUGCCACCUCUACUGCCACCGGCCCAAGAUGACGGAGGUGCCUGAGGGCGACUGGUUCUGCUCCGUCUGUGUCUCCCGGGUAGGUCGCGGGGCAGCCCCCCACCCACCGGGGCCGGCGGUGGUGACCCCGGGUUCUGGCGGUGACCCCCAUCCCCUCCGCAGGCAGGGGGAGUACCGGGACCCCGUCUCGCCCCGGCGAGGCAAGAAACGGAAACGGGGGCGUCUUUUCGCGGGGAGCCUCGUGGAGGAGGAGGAGAGCCCGCGCCGCCGGCCGGCCUCGCGCCGCCGCGAGGGGCUGCCCGUGCCGCGCUACGCGGGCGAGGGGCUGUCCCCCGCCAAGCGGAGGGGCGCAACGCUGCGGGGCCAGCCCAGCGACCUGACCUUCUGCGAGAUCAUCCUGAUGGAGAUGGAGUCGCACGAGGACGCCUGGCCCUUCCUGGAGCCCGUCAACCCCCGCCUGGUCCCCGGCUACCGCAAGAUCAUCAAGAACCCCAUGGACUUCGCCACCAUGCGCACGCGGCUGCUGCGGGGCGGGUACUCGAGCUCGGAGGAGUUUGCGGCCGACGCCAUGCUGGUGUUCGACAACUGCCAGACCUUCAACGAGGACGACUCGGACGUGGGCAAGGCCGGGCACGCCAUGCGCAAGUUCUUCGAGAGCCGGUGGGAGGAGUUUUAUCAGGGAAAACACGCUACUAAUCCGUGAGCAGGGUGGGCCGGCGCCCCCCCACCCCCCCUUCCCCGCCCGGCCGGGGCUGGGGGUCGUCCCCCCCCCCCCCCCCCCCCCCCGCGCCCCCCCAAGAACUGACUCCUCUGGAGCUGAUCUCGCUGCCUGCUGAUCCUGCGCGGGGGCCCCCCCGGCUGGCGCGAACGGGCCCCCGCCCCGCGGCCCCUUCCCGCUGCCCGGACAGCCCCCCCUGCCCAGACCUCCUCCCCCCCCCCCAGCACCACAAACUCACAGACUGUGUAAGCCAAAAAGAAAAAAAAAAGAGGUGUUUUUUUCUUUCUUUCUUUUAAAUUUUAUUUUCUAAUUAAGAACAGAAACAGCCCCCCCCGCCCCCCCCCCCCCCCAACAAACGAGGGAAGCGAAUCCUCCCCGCUGGGAAUAUUUAAUAAUAGCAAUAGUUCGUAGUGAAUGUGUCCGAGCACUCCUGUGCAGCGUCUACAUGCAUUAACGGCCAGUAAAGUGGACUUAGCCCCCCCCCCGCCUCGCCACCCCCCACCCCGGCCGGGACCCCCCCGCCCGCGCAGACACUUUACGGGGAGGGGGGCCCCCGGUGCAGCCCCCCCGCUGCCCUCGGACCCCCUGCCCGCGGCCGGGGUGGGCGCCAGCCCCUCCCCACCUGGCUCCAGGGACCAAACUGGGGAGGGCGGGGGGGGCCCCGGCAGCCCCUUUCCCUGCCUCCACGUCUCAGGAAGAGCCCGGCCCCCCCUCCCCGGCACGAGGACCCCCGGGGCUGGGCCGGGGUCCUGGCAGCCCCCGACUGGGAUCCCUCAGGGAUGCUAUUGCAGGCCCCGGGGGGGGCCCAGCCCUCUGCCCCGCCUCCCCCCCCCCCUUCCCCCCCCCCCAACCAUGGACUUGAAGCCUCAGGCGGGUGUUUGCCCCCCAGACCCCUGCCAGGUCGAGGGGGGUUGCACUGGGUGGGGAGGGGGCCCCCCCAGCUGGCGGGGGCCUGAGCUGGGGUGGGGGUCCCCCCCCCCCACUCCCAGGUCCCCCUUACGCGGUGGGCAGCCAGGGAGGGGGCUAGGACACCCCCCGCAGCCCCCCCGGCCAGGAUAUUACGGGUACUCGCUCUGGGGGUUCGGCGGCCGGCGGGGCCGUGGGGGGGCCCCGGGCGCGUCCCCCCCCCGGUCCCACAGAGCACUGAAAACAACUCACCUACCUGGGCAGGAGGGGGCCCCGGCCGCGCCCCCCGCCCCCCCCGUCUCUCAAAGUAGCCUUUUUUCUAUCAGAUAACCUCAGAAACUUUUUAUUUUAUUUUAUUUUUUUGCUUUGAAAUAAGAGGUGGAUUUGAAGUCUAUUUGAACUGACUUUAUAUUACGCAUAAAUAUUUAUAUUUUAUCUAAAUAACUGCGCUGUAACAAACUUUUUUUGUGGUUUGUUUUUUAGUAAUGUUUCGGAUCCGUCAGGUUUUUUUCCGUCGUGGGAAAGUUUUCGGGAGUCUCCGUAUCGUUCUCGUGUUCGUUCAGUUGAAAUCCCCACCCUCACCCCCCCCCCGGUUUGACACCCCUCUACCCCUGCACCCCCAAAGGCCCCCCCACCCACGGCCGGUGCCCGCCCCCCACAGCCCCUGCCGGGCCUGGGGUGGGGGGGGCCAGGGCCGUUUCUCUUUGCCCCCCCAGCCCUGGUGCCCCCCGGCCGGGGGCAGCGGUGUUGCCGGGAGCAUCGUGUCCCCCCCCCCCAGCUGCGGCCCCUUCCAGCUCACCGGCCGCCUUUUCUAUAACCAGCCGUGUCGUUUUAGUGACUUUUUGAUAAUGUACAGGUUUUGUGAAUUUAAAUUUAUUUCUUUCUAUAUUUUUAGGACCAAUCUCAUUUUUAAUAAGGUUUAAAGGAGGAAAGGCAGACUCUAGCCCUCCUCUCCGUUGCCUGUUGAUGUCCCCACGAGCUGUAGGACCCCGCGUGUCGCGUUCGAGAAUAAACAACUCACGUUUGAUAGACA